UUCAGAUCGAAAUUGGCGCCCCCAUUUUCUUGUUCCUUCUUUUCAUCUACCCCACAAUUCACCCACACGCACAAAAUUUUCUUCUCAAAUCUUAGGGAGGAAAAUAUUCAGAAGCGAAAAUUUUCAGCAUUAGCUUCACCGCCGGUAACAAAUGUCGUCGCGCAGGCGAACUUUGCUAAAAGUCAUCGUGCUAGGCGACAGCGGUGUGGGCAAAACGUCAUUGAUGAACCAGUAUCCUUCUUCAUUUCAAAUAGAUAUGUGCACAAGAAAUUCAGUCAGCAGUACAAAGCUACAAUUGGUGCUGAUUUCGUGACCAAGGAACUUCAAAUAGACGAUCGCCUCGUCACUCUUCAGAUUUGGGACACUGCUGGCCAAGAGAGAUUUCAAAGUCUUGGAGUUGCAUUUUAUAGAGGUGCGGAUUGCUGUGUUCUGGUAUAUGACGUGAAUGUCAUGAGGUCAUUUGAUACCCUCGACAACUGGCAUGAGGAAUUUCUCAAGCAGGUUGUUGCUGCUUUUGUGGUCUUUGUUGGAGAAAAAGGUAUUGUCAGGUUUUUUCAGGACGAACAUCUUGUUUUGCUGUUGUUGGAAAAUUUUCAUAUGAUGCAGGCUAAUCCACCUGACGCGAAGACGUUUCCCUUUAUAUUAUUAGGAAACAAGAUCGAUAUAGAUGGUGGCAAUAGCAGAGUGGUAUCUGAGAAGAAAGCAAAGGAAUGGUGUGCAUCAAAAGGGAACCUACCUUACUUUGAGACAUCGGCAAAAGAGGACUACAAUGUUGACCCUGCAUUCUUAUGCAUUGCAAAGGCUGCUCUAGCCAAUGAGAAUGACCAAGACAUAUACUUCCAGGGCAUGCCAGAGGCUGUUACGGAAACAGAACAACAAGGUGGUUGCGCUUGCUGAUCGAUAUUAGUACUGAUGCCAAAUUCCUAAUAACCGAGUAUUCUUCUCUAGUGAUUCUUUUUGUUUUCAGGCUGUUAUUUAAAAGCCACUCUUCUGCACGACGCUGUGUACUAUGUUUUGAGGGUUUAGGCAAUCUUUGCUUCCGUUUCCGUAUGGACAUAUUUAAAAGCCUUUUGUUCAUUUCAUUCAACCUGAAUACUCGUCUUUGUAAUCUUUUUUCUUUGACACACGCAUUUGAGUUUUGUGAUGCUUAAGAUUGCGCAUGGUAAACAUCAUAAGUUAGCUUAUAGUUUAUUUGGUGCUUACAAGCUU